AUGGAACAAAGUCACGGAGUUCGCCAUGAAAGUUUGACAAGUAUAGAGGUUGGUAUUCAUUCUAAUGAUACAGAAACUUGCAAAGAAACCCAUCAUCCAUUAAUGGUUACAAAAAAUAAUAUUGCUCUCUGUUUUUCCAAAAUGGGAAAGUAUGAAAAGGCUUUAGAAGUUUACUAUUCUGUUGAAAAAAUACAAACUGAAAUUUUUGGAGUCGAUAUUCCAUCAACAAAUAAUUCAUUGUUAUGUGACAUUUCUUUGUGUAUCGACACACAAAAUCAAAUUGGAAGUUGUUUAUACGAAAUGGGAAAAUAUGAUAAAGCAAUAGAAAUUUAUUAUUCCGUUGAAAAAGCUCAAAGUGAAAUUUUAGGAACCAAUCACGCAUCAACAUUAGCAACAAAAAAUAAUAUAGGAAACUGUUUUUACGGAAUGGAAAAGUAUAGCGAAGCCUUAGAAGUUUAUUAUUCCGUUGAUAAAACAAAAACAAUAACUUUGCCAAUCAACCACCCAUCAACAUUAAUUACAAAAAACAACGUCGGAAGUUGUUUUUACAAAAUGGGAAAAUAUCAUAAAGCUUUAGAAGUGUAUCGUUUUUUGGAUAAAAUGCAAACUAAAACUUUAGGAAUAAGAAACCCUUCAACAAUGGCGACAAAAAACAACUGCGGACUUUGUUUGUUUAAACUAGGAAAAUAUGAAGAAGCGUUGAAAAUUUAUUACCUUCUUGAUAAAACUCAAACUGAAUGUUUCGGAGUCAGUCAUCCAUUGACAAUUAACACAAAAAGUAAUAUCGGAUGUAAUUUAUACUUAUUAGGGAAAUAUAACGAAGCUUUAGAAGUUUAUAAUUCUAUUGAAAAGAUACAAAACGGAAUUUUAGAAGUCGAUCAUCCAUCAGUAAUGAGUGUAAAAAACUAUAUUGGUUGUUGUUUGUACAAAAUGGGAAAAUAUAACGAAGCUUUAGAAAUUUAUCACGUAGUUGAUAAAGUGCAAACCGAAUUUUUUUCAAAAAAGUUAUUGAAAAAUAAUCAUGAAGUUAUAUUAAUUGAUGAUUAA